AAAAAAAGUCAAAGGUCUUCAUCACAUCAUACUCUUGUCACUCUUGUUGCGUUAAUUGCGUUGCUUUUUACCUGAGGCGGAGGUUAAGGAGGAUAGCAAGGAUUGUAGUUACUUUUAUUCACCGAUUAAGCAUCAAUAAGGCCUGAUCUCAUCAAAUUUUUGUAAGUUCAUAAAAAAAGAGGCCAAAUUGAUGUGAGACGGAGAAACAUGGCUAGGAGAAAGAACAAAAACAGAGCUGCAAAAAGCGGAGAACAACAGCCCAGCAACAAGCAGAAAAAGCCCUUCAACCCGUGGCUGCGGGGCCUGGAGGGACCUCCGAAAACAUACUCUUUGCCGACCGUGACCAGUGCCUCAGGAGUUGCGCCCUCCACCAGCCGGAGUGCUGAGGCGGCAGAACUGGCAGCCGAAAAACAAAGGUUUCAGCCUGUAAAAAACGCGCUGCCAUAUCUGAACGAACAGUCUCAAAUUUUACACGGCAAGGAUUUGCACAACUUGAACGGCAAUCAGCGUGCUGAUGUGUGGAACGCCAUCAAAGACCGAAGAACCUAUGGGAUGAGAUUUUGGAACGAGAUGCUCUUGCUGAUGGACGGAGAGUUCACCAAUGGUGACCCAAACAAUCCGGUCACCUUUAAAUUCUCACCCUCCAAACUCACUCACUUCACACAAAUCAUUUUCUCCCAAGAGUACAUGUGUUUGACCCUCACAGAACGACAACUGUUACGCUCCUUCCUUGUUGCAUGCAAGGGCGAGUACAAUUUCAAAAGUGCCAAUAACACCAUCUUGCAGGAGAUUCAGAAAAUUUGCUUUGACGUGGCAACAAAAUCGGUCCAGUUCAGCCGGUUGGGAGGAAAGAAUUCGGAGUUUGACCAAAGAUUGAAUAAAAUCACAGGCGUCGAGGACAAAAGUCGCUACAAACUUCUGCUGGAGCAGCAAGCUCGGAACGACUACGACCUAGGGUUCGAAUGUCUGUGCCCAGCUUUGGCCAAACUGGUCAAAGAGAAGGUCAAGAUUGAGUACCAAGUGCAGAUCUUGCAAUCGGAGGGAAUAAAGCCCAUCACUUUGGACGAGGCAGCCUACUUGCUCUACAUCUCACCUUUCAAGAAACUCACGCCCUAUGCCCAGUACUGUGCAACAAAAUUUCGAGCUCAAUUCAUCUUGAAAAUGUGGCAACAUCUCAAAGUUCACCACUAUUCAAAGGAGCCUCUUUUUCCAUCCGAUCCCAUCAGCCUGGCGUUCUGCUUCCUCACAGGAGGCAACUUGCACUACCUGUGCAACCCAGGCAUGAACUUCUACAUGCUUGCAGAUCAAGAGAAGCUGACCAUCGCAAAGUUUGCCAAAGACUAUCCUCGGAGGUACAAAAAACUGACGGAUUUGCAAGCGUCUGAGGCUUUGGAAGAAAACAGAUUGAAUUCUCUGUUGGAAGACGAGGAAGACGUGGUGUCAAAAGAUGCCUCGGUGGGCCUCCAAAUGCUUCCCUUGCACAUCAAACAGGCAUUCAUGUCAGACACCACAAUAUUUCAAAACAUCAAAGAGAAGAAGGAACCGGCCCCUGAGACAGUAACAAUCUCAGAACCGCCACCGUCCACUUCUACUGGUUACGAGAAUUAUGUCCAGAUUUUGGACUUGGAAAAUGUGGUGGAAAGUGCACCUGAAGUUUCAGAUGAGCCUGUAGUUCCAAAUGAAGUGGCCACAGAACCAAAGACCAGACAAUCAGUUUGGUUUGCGCCGGACAAAUCUUCGAAGAGUGUAAUACACAUGAUUAUCUCAAAUAGAAUCGCUACCCUGAAAGCCAUCAUGGAAAAAGCAGAAUGUCAUUUGUGGACCAAAUUUGUCAUUCUCAAAACAAGCAAAGUGCUUGGAAAGGAAGAGCUACUUUUCACCCUUGUAGACUCCCUCUCAACAACGUUUUGCAAGUUUCUUAUUUACAAGUUUCACAUCGACGAAGAUGACUGCGUAUUUUACUCUACUGACUGUACACUUGUAAUUGAAAUUUUCAUGAGGAGAAAUCUGAAAAUAAAUACUUCGAAAGGAGUAUUUGAUAUGCAUAUAGAAGUUGGCUGUGAUGAAUUUAAAUUGGAUAAGUUGGAUAAGUCAUAUUUUGUGAGAAGUUUCCUCAUGAAUGUGCUUGGACAGAGGUUACAAGAAGACGCUACCCACUUGAAUUUGUCACAAUUUCAUAAGACUGAAGAACUUGAGAAGGAGCUGCUGUUCUUUCCUCUAAGAUUGCAAUGGAAUUUCGAAAAAAUUUGCACUUGCCUUUCUUCGUUGGUUUGCAAAUCUCUAGUCUCACUCGAUUUGUCAAACAACAGAAUAGCAUCAUUUAGUUCCAGCAAAGUCGAAGUUGCUAAGUAUGUCGAAGCAUUCGGAAAAGUGCACACUCUGGAUCUCAGGAACAAUCAGCUCCACAUGUCAUCUCUCUUCAAUUUAGCUUUUAUGCCACUGAGGAAUGUGUAUUUGGAUGGAAAUCCACUGUGCAGUUUCUACGACAAUGAGAAGGAAUAUAUUAUGGACAUUCUAAAAAUUUGGCCAAAUUUGGAAUUUUUAGAUGGACGUCGUAUUAUUUCUUCCAAUGCACCAAGCUCAAAGCCUCACUACUUUCCAAUGCCCGAAGCUCAAGACUUUACAAGACAAUUCCUAACCCACUUCUUCAGUCUCUUUGACAGUGAGCGAAGAGACCUUUUGCAAGGAUUGUACCACUCGAAGGCGCUUCUGUCAAUGACGAGCACAUUUCUCGACGACCAGACCACCUCUGACAAUGCAAAUUUGUCAUCCUUUUUGCUACAAAGUCGAAACAUUAAACGGAUAAGUGACAUGAGCAAAUCUGAGAAAUUGAUUCACGAAGGAUGCAAACCCAUAAUUGAGUUUUGUCAGAGCUUGCCAGCAACAGAACAUGACUCAUCCUCAUUCAACGUCGAUAUCAUUAAUUACAAUGAGCGAAAUGUGCAUUUCUGUGUUAGUGGAGUUUUCAAAGAGAAAGACAAUCCUGAAACAUCACCAAGGUUCUUCAGAAGAAUCUUCCACCUUGUCAACUUCAGCAGCUUCUUCCUUAUAGUCAACGAACUUCUUUACAUUUGCAACUGCACAACAGCCCAAGCAAACACUCUUUGCAAAUCCGUCGAGGAGGCGCCUGUUCUCGAUUUAUACCUGUCAUCCAUUCCUAGACUCACUGUAUUCACAGAUGAGCAGAAACUUGGAUUGAUGAAAAAACUUUCAGACGUGACGGGAAUGAAUGUUCGCUGGAGCAAAAAGUGCCUUGAUGAUAUGAAAUGGGAUCUGCGAAACGCACUAAUUUACUUCCAGCAGUAUUACAACCAAGAGUUAAUUCCCAGCGACGCAUUUUUGUAAAUUUGAAACUCCAAAAUAAUAUAAGAAACAAAUUUACAUAUAAAUAGAGAAAAUCAAUUUUU